AUGUCACACGAAAAGCCUCAGGCCAACUCUGCGCCCGCCAUAGCGAUUGCGGACAUCGAGCAUGCCUUGGUCGUAGACGAUCCUCGAGAAUGGUCUCGAUCGCGCAAGUGGUGUGUCUUGGCAACCGUUUCCGCGGCGAGCGUAGUCGCUGGGCUAAGCGGAACCAUGUACAACCCGGCGUUGUCGCAGGUCCAAGAGCAGCUCCAUGCCUCCAGCAGUGCGCUUGCGUGGAGUUUAUCGCUGUUCAUCCUUCUUCAGGGCACAUUGCCGUUGGUAUGGAGUGCGCUCAGUGAGUUCUGGGGUAGGAAGAAAGUCUAUCUGGUGUCGACCGCGCUGUGUACCAUCGGGUGCAUUGUCGCAGCUUUGUCGAAGACAAUAGACGUCCUCAUUGGAAUGCGAUGCAUACAGGCCCUCGGGUCGAGUGCGGUCAUGUCUCUAGGGGCUGCGACCCUGGCAGAUAUUUACGAGCCUCAUGAGCGUGGAACCAUGAUGGGAAUAUACUACAGCGCACCUCUCCUGGGGCCUUCACUUGGCCCCAUCCUCGGCGGCAUCCUUACGCAAGCGUUCAGCUGGCGCGCAACAUUCUGGUUUAUAGCCAUAUUCACCGGAGCGUGUUUCCUCCUCUUCAUCCCUUUCAGGGACACAUAUCGGCGCGAACGCAGCCUCACCUACCAGGCUGCCCUCAAGCGCCGCCGCGCUAUCAUGUCUGCGAAGGGUUCCGAAUCGUCCAGCAUCACCCAAGUCGCUGCUAUUUCUCGCGCCAUCACCCCAAAGCCCGAGAACCCAUCCGGUGCUUAUCCCGGAGACGCGAAGAAGGACGCGAUUGAGACCCUCGCCCGGGAGCGGGACUUGGAGAAGCAGCAGAUGCCUCCCCGUGCCGUGCCGACGGACAUGGACGAUCUGAAGCUCACAAUCGCGGACGUGAACCCGGCGAAGCCGCUGUGGUACGUGCUCCGGCGGAUAAACAACCUUGUUAUUUUGGUCGCUUCGGGGCUGAUCUUCGGCCUGAGCUAUUGCAUCGCGUACACGUGCUCACGGACGCUUGCAAACGAGUAUGGGUAUAACGCCCUAAAGAUCGGGCUUGUCCUACUGUCCUUCGGCGCGGGCUGUCUUGGUGGAAGCAUAUUCGGAGGGCGUUACUCUGACUACGUCUUUAGGAAGUUGAAGGCCCGUAAUGGCGGUGUCAGUGCUGCUGAGAUGCGUCUGGAGAGCACCAUCAUCUUCAUGCCUCUCCUUCCGGCGGCUACUAUCGGCUACGGCUGGGUAUGCGAGCGCCAUGUUAACGUCGCCGCCAUCUGCGUGCUGCUCUUCCUCACCGGUCUCUUCUUGAUCGCGAUCUACUCAAGCACCCUAGCAUACAUCGUUGACGCAAACACCGGACGAUCUUCAUCAGCCGUAGCGUCAAACAGUUGCUUCCGAGGCACGACCGCUUUUAUCGCAGCUGAGGUGGCAGUCCCACUACAGGAUGCGAUCGGUGAUGGAGGACUGUAUUCUCUGUGGGCGGGGCUCAUGAUCUUUGCUAACAUCCUCAUUCUCCUGGUCUUGUGGAAGGGCGAAGCAUGGCGGAGAAAAUGGGAGGUCAAAGAGGCAGGCGGGAAGCGCUCCGUGGUGACGACCAACCCUCCCACGUCAUAGCGCGCCAGGUGGAUGAUGCCCUGCAGCCCAACUAUGACAUGACGACACUUCAAGUUCAUGCUCAUGCUCGGAAUGAUUCAACGUUGUCACUGACACAGCAC